AAAAACAUCGUUAAAUCCGUAAUCAAAGCAGCCAAUAGAGAGAAACACCUACCUGCUGCCAUACAACAGCACAAAAGGACAAACGCUUUGACAUCGCAACAAUGCCAGACAACACCAUGAAAUCAUAAGGAAAGUGCAUUCAAAGCAGUAAACGGCAGUCACAGCAAUACAAUAGCAACAACUUUGUUGGCUGCAAUCACACAUUUGCACACACCACGUACCCUCACCCAACCAGUGCAAUUUCUGCUGGUAACGUUGCUAUCGCUUAACAUCAAAAUGUCAUCGUCAGAGCACUUUAUAACACCGACUUCCUCAACAGCGCGUAUCCAUUACAGUGACGACGUACCGAGCGGCAGUGGUGGUGCUGUUGGCCAAUAUAGCACACAUCAGUAUUACAGCAACAACGGCGGCCAAGCAUCACAGGGUGCCACACCGCAUGGCUCACCUCAACUCACACAACGAUUGGGUCGCCACUUGAGUAAAUCCGCAUCGGAAUUGAAUGGUCACGACUGCCACAGUGAACGCGAUUCACCACGCACAUCACCGAAACGUGCCAAAAGCGCCGCUACAACGCAUAGUAGUGGUGGUAUUAGUGGUGCUGGGUCGGGCGGUUCGAGUGCUGGCAAUGUCUUCCACAAGACCCAUGGCUUCUUUAGCACGUUAAAACAUCGUUGGAAUCGUGCGAAAAGUAAGGAUCGUUCAGGUCGUAAGUCACCAAGUGAUUUUCUCGAAGAGAGCACUGAUUAUGCGGCCGAUUAUAGUUCGGAGAGCAGUUCGGUUACACAAAGUCCACGACAUCGUGCCACAACGAUAGGUGGUUCGCCAUUGGCGAAAGAGUUUAGCGCCUCGGCGAGAAUGGCACAAAUGAUACAUCGUUUCGGUGGUUCAAUGGAGGGACGCAUCGAAGAGCAACCUGAGAAUGGUAAUGGUAAUGGUAGUGCGAUGGCGGGUAAUGGUGGUACUGGUGCGGGUAGUGGUGUGGCAAUGGAUGAUUAUGUGUCGGGGAAACAAAUGGAAGCGCUGCAGGCGGAAGAGUUGCGCCGCAAAAAGGAAGCACAAUUACGUCAGUACGUCUUCUUUCAGUUGCGCGUUCAUCUCAAGAGCGGUAGCGAUUUAAUGGCCAUGGACAAAAAUGGCUUAAGUGAUCCUUAUGUUAAAUUCAAAGUUGGCGGUCGCUUGCUGCAUAAAUCACGCACAAUUCACCGUGACCUGAGUCCGGUGUGGGAUGAAGUGUUCAUUGUGCCCAUAGAAGAUCCUUUUCUGCCGAUUAAUGUGAAGGUUUUCGAUUACGAUUGGGGACUGCAAGACGAUUUUAUGGGUUCAGCAAAAAUCGAUUUAACCCAAUUGGAAUUGGGUAAAGCAGAAGAUCUCAGCCUGCCAUUGCGUGAUAUAAAUCAUCCAGAACGAGAAAUGGGCGAAAUACUCGUUAAUUUAACACUUUGGCCACGCAGUCAAGAAGACAAGGAAAUGCACUUUCAGCGCAAUACCAAAUUGGCAGAAUCAUCGAAGCGUUUGAAAUCACAAAUCUGGAGCUCGGUCGUCACGAUAUUGUUGGUCAAAGCCAAAGAUCUGCCAUUGGCCGACGAUGGCAGCAAACUCACCGACAUACAUAUUAAAUUCAGACUCGGUAAUGAGAAGUACAAAAGCAAGUCUUCCUGGACCGAACGUUGGCUGGAGCAAUUCGAUUUACAUCUCUUCGAUGAGGAUCAAAAUCUCGAACUCUCACUCUGGAAUCGUAACGCGCUCUACGGCAAAGCCAACAUUGACUUAAGCGUUUUCCAACGUGAGACCACACAUGGCAUUUGGCGUGCCUUCGAGGACUGUCAGGGCGAGGUGUUUCUUAUGUUGACCAUCAGUGGCACCACCGCACUGGAAACCAUCACCGAUCUCAAGGCCUACAAAGAGGAUCCCCGUGAAAUGAAAAUAAUGCGCGAUCGUUAUCGUUGGCAUCGUUGUUUUCAGAAUUUACGUGAUGUGGGUCAUCUUACGGUGAAGGUUUUCGGUGCGACGGGCUUGGCCGCAGCCGAUAUUGGUGGCAAAUCAGAUCCAUUUUGUGUGCUCGAAUUGGGUAAUGCACGCCUGCAGACACAAACGGAAUAUAAGACUUUAACGCCGACGUGGAAUAAGAUUUUUACUUUCAACGUCAAGGACAUCACGCAAGUCCUGGAGAUCACCGUGUACGAUGAGGAUCGUGAUCAUCGUGUCGAAUUUCUAGGUAAAUUGAUCAUACCGCUACUGCGUAUCAAAAAUGGCGUUAAACGUUGGUACACGCUGAAGGACAAGAAUCUGUGCGUGCGUGCCAAAGGACUGUCGCCCCAAAUCUGCCUCGAAAUGACUGUAAUUUGGAAUGAUGUACGCGCCAUUUGCCAAAUUUUGCAGCCGAAAGAGGAGAAACUGAUACAACAGGAAGCGAAAUUCAAGCGUCAACUUUUUCUGCGUAACGUCAACAGAUUGAAAGUGGUCAUUAUGUAUAUACUGGACUCGGCGCGUUAUGUGCAGAGUUGCUUCGAAUGGGAAUCACCGUUACGUUCAGCCAUCGCCUUUGCUCUAUGGAUAUUGGCCUGUGUGUAUGGCAAUUUGGCGACAGUGCCGUUGGUGUUGUUGUUAAUCAUAAUUAAAAACUGGCUGGUGCGCAUGAUUACCGGUACAAGUGGUGAUUCUGCGGCAGGCUAUUAUGAUUACGACUACGAUGAGGAUGACGAUGACGAUAAGGAGAAGGAAGAGAAGAAAUCGAUAAAAGAGCGUUUGCAAACGAUACAGGAAGUCUCACAAACAGUGCAAAAUACCAUUGGCUAUCUGGCGUCGUUGGGCGAAAGCACGAAAAACACUUUCAACUUCUCCGUUCCGGAACUGACAUGGCUAGCCGUGGUUUUAUUGGUUGGUGCUAUUGUCGUCUUACACUUCAUACCCAUACGUUUUCUGCUGCUCUUCUGGGGCAUUAUGAAAUUCUCGCGACGUAUUCUACGCCCAAACACGAUACCCAAUAACGAGUUGUUGGAUUUCCUAUCACGUGUGCCGGACGAUGAGCAAAUUAAUCAAUUUCGUGAACUGCCACCCACAGCGCCCACCGAGCAGUCGCGUAAUAAUCCUAAAAAGAAAGUGAAAGCUUCAUAGUCCAUUGCUAAUUUGAAUGCUGGCGGUGCAUUGCAACAAUUCCACAGUGCUGCCAUGGCACAGCAGCGUGCUGAUAAUGAAGGUGACGCCGGCGUUGGCAUGUUGCCGCAACAUGUUGCCGGCACCACUGCACGUUCGGUGCGCAACAUCUUCAAGGCGAGUCGUGACAAUUUGAAGCAUCAGCUGAGCAGAGCCUAUAGCAAAAGUGUAAAAAAGUCCAAUUAGUGGAAAAGUAGUGUAAAUAGAAGCGUAUUUAGUGAUAAUUAAAAAGAAAUUUCCAACAUAGUUAAAUUAAUUACUUAAAGUAAAUCUUAAAACUUAAUGCGUACUUUAUGUGGUUUUUCGAAAACUUAAGCAAUUUUAUGAAAUUACAAAGAACAAACAAAGCACUUCCAAGUUCCAAAGCUCACACAAAUUCAAUUUACUCUCAUGCAAUUAAUUGUUCAAAACUACACUUUAUUAAACUAAUUAGUAUUUAAUUAAUAUAUUAUAUUUUUACUUACUAUAAUAUACAAUGCAUACAAUCAUUCAUAUACUAAAUACGUAUAGGUUUUUAUUGCAAAAAGUCACUAUUUACAUUUAUGAAAGAGAAAACGAAAAAAUUCUUACUUAAAACUCUACCAAAUCAAUUCUACUCGAGUGAUAAUAUAGUAUUAUAUAAGUAAGCAAACUUGUACAUAUUUACGCCACAUACAUACUUCACUAAGUAUUUAUUAAAUCCACUUAAACUACACUUGUAUAUUUUUCAUAUAAUAAAAAUGAAUUUAUUUCGUAUUAUUGCUAUAAUAAUCCAUAUGUAAAUAAUUUGCUAAGCUUAAAACUCCUUUUGCUUGCAUGUAAAAUGAAAAUAAAUACUCUAUAUACAUAUUUA